AUGUGGCUGUGGGAGACGCAGGGCGGCCUCCUGGGCCCCUUCUCCUUCCUGCUGCUGCUGUUCCUGCUGGUGACCCGCAGCCCCUGCAAUGCCUGCGUCUUCACCGGCGUCCUCUACCUCCUGCUGCGCCUCUUCAGCUUCGAGCCCCUGCCCGCGCGCCGGGCCCUGCAGGUGCUGCGGCCCCGCGACCGCGUCUCCGCCAUCGCCCACCGCGGCGCCUGCCACGACGCCCCCGAGAACACGCUGGCGGCCAUUCGGCAGGCAGCUAAGAAUGGAGCAACAGGCGUGGAGCUGGACAUUGAGUUUACCGCUGAUGGGAUUCCCAUCUUAAUGCACGAUAACACGGUAGAUAGGACAACAGAUGGCACUGGUCGAAUAUGUGAUUUGACAUUUGAACAAAUUAGGAAACUUAAUCCUGCAGCAAAUCACAGAUUAAGGAAUGAUUUCCCUAAUGAAAAAAUCCCUACCCUGAGAGAAGGAGUUGUAGAGUCCCUAAAUCAAAACCUCACAAUCUACUUUGAUGUCAAGGGCCAUGCAAAUCAGGCUAUUGAUGCUCUGAAGAAAAUAUAUAUGGAGUUUCCACAACUAUACAAUACUAGUAUGGUCUGCUCUUUCUUGCCAGAAGUUAUCUAUAAGAUGAGACAAACAGAUCGGAAUGUAAUAACAGCUUUAACUCACAGACCUUGGAGCCUUAGCCAUCAGGGAGAUGGGAAACCUCGCUAUGAUAACAUGUGGAAACUGUCCAUAUUUGUGGUCUUAGACAUUUUCCUCGACUGGAGCAUGCAUAAUAUCUUGUGGUACCUGUGUGGAAUUUCAGUUUUCCUCGUACAAAAGGAUUUUAUAUCUCCGAACUACUUAAAGAAGUGGUCAUCUAAAGGCAUUCAGGUCGUUGGUUGGACUGUUAAUACUUUUGAUGAAAAAAGUUACUUUGAAUCCUAUCUUGGUUCCAGCUAUAUGACCGACAGCAUGUUGGAAGACUGCCCACCUCACUACUAG